AUGUCGAAAACUGGCCUCACAACAAUUCCAUUCACACUGGCUGACGACAGUCUUGCCCAAUUUGAUUCUUUCGUCAAUGGAAAGCCGGUAACUGCCCAGUCAGGCAAGCGGUUCGAUGUGGUUGAUCCUGGCUCGGGCCACAUUUGGACCUCCUGCCCCGAUAGCACUGAUGUCGACGUUAAUGGUGCUGUCGAGUCUUCCUACGAAGCUUUCAAAAUCUAUUCAAAAUGGACCCCGAGACAGAGGGCUGAAUGCCUGUCAAGAUGGCAUCAUCUUAUCGUCGCUGCCAGAGAUGACCUCGCCAAGAUUUUGGUCUACGAAACCGGAAAGCCGCUGGCCGAGGCCUACGGCGAGAUCGACUACGCCACAACAUUCACAUGGUGGUUCAUCGGGGAGGCGGAGAGAAUCCAAGGAUCGACCAUCACGUCCGCGGUAGCAGGUCGGCGGGGCUUCACGAUCAAGCAGCCCGUCGGCGUCGCCGCCGCCCUGGUUCCAUGGAACUUCCCCAUCGCGCUUACUUUGCGAAAGGCCAGUGCUGCACUGGCUGCCGGGUGCACCAUGAUUGUCAAGCCUUCUCCCGAAACUCCAGUCUCUGCCAUCUCAUUAGCGCAUUUGGCCAUCCGGGCUGGGUUUCCGCCCGGUGCGCUGAACGUGCUGACGACGAGCUUGGAGAAUACGCCGGUCGUGGCGGAAUCUCUCUGCCUGCACCCUCUCGUGAAGAAAGUGACCUUUACUGGGAGCACCCGUGUGGGGAAGAUCAUCUCGGGGCUGUGCGCUCGGAAUUUGAAGAAAUGCACCUUGGAGCUUGGUGGGAAUUGCCCGUUCAUUGUGUUUGACGAUGCCAACCUCGACCAUGCUCUCGGGCAACUUACGGCUCUGAAAUGGAGACAUGCCGGGCAAGCCUGUGUUUCGGCAAAUAGGGUGUAUAUCCAACGAGGAAUAUACGACAAGUUUAUCGCAGAUCUUAUUCAAAAAACAUCCAUCCUGAAGAUCGGGCACGGAAUCUCGGAAGGCACUACUUUGGGGCCCGUCACUACAGAGAGGGGACUUGACAAGGCAGAGGAGCUUGUCCAAGACGCCCUCACCAAGGGGGCAAAGAUGGUCUUGGGAACGGGUCAGAGGUUGAAGAGUUCCGCCGGUUCCGAAAGUCCCAUAUUGACAGGUUACUUCAUGGAACCGACCAUUCUUGUCGACGUGACAGACGACAUGCUCAUGAGCCGGGAGGAAAUAUUUGCACCGGUUAACGUCGAUAGGCUGUGGAGGAUGUUUGAAAAGCUUGAGGCUGGCAUGGUAGGACUGAACACAGGAAAUAACUCUGCCGCAGAGACGCCGUUUGGAGGCAUUAAAGAGAGCGGAAGCGGAAAGGAAAGCGGGAAGGAUGUCGCUGUUGACGAGUUUCUCAUCACCAAAUCGGGUACAUUGACGGUGGAGGAACAGUCGUGA